UUGGCGGCAUGCUUGCGACCGAAGAAAGAAACGCAUCCAGAAACAAAAGGAACUACUACUAGAGAUUUCGACCUCGCCAGAGAAAAAAAGAAUAGGAAAGGAAUUGGGACCAGCGAAUUGCGUGCGCCCCGUCCCUGCCUCGGUGCCGGUCAGUAUUCGGUUAGGGGAUGGGGGCGGGCAUGAGCAGUGGUCGGCGGCGGGGCACCGGCGUCGGCUGGGGCAGCGGCCCGUCGAGCGGGAUGCUGCCGCUUCUGGCCCUGCAGGUCAUUCUCGAGUACGGCCGCGCCGGCGCCAGCCGCCCGCCCGUGACGGCGGCGCUCAUCGCCGCCAACGCGCUGGUCUACCUCCGCCCGGGCGCCCUCGACGCGUUCCUCCCGCCGCUCUCCCGCGUCGCCUUCAACCCGCACCUCAUCAUCCAGUACGGCGACCUGACGCGCUUCUUCCUGUCAGCUUUCUACCACCUGAGUGAAACCCACUUCUUCUACAACAUGACUUCUCUCUUGUGGAAGGGCAUACAGCUUGAAACAUCAAUGGGCAGUGUUGAGUUUGCUUCUAUGGUCACUGCCUUGCUUGGCCUGUCUCAGGGCUUCACACUGCUCUUGUCCAAAGGUCUGCUCCUUCUCGGCAACGAGGUUCCGUAUUACGAUCAAUAUGCCGUUGGAUUCUCCGGGGUGUUGUUUGGUAUGAAGAUUGUGCUGAAUGCCUGGUCAGACGAUUAUGUUUUCCUGCAUGGGAUGGUCAUUCCAGCAAAGUAUGCCGCGUGGGCUGAAUUGCUCCUCAUACAAGCCUUCAUCCCCGGGACAUCCUUCAUUGGCCAUCUUAGCGGGAUUCUUGCUGGUCUAGCCUAUCUUUGGGUAAAGCGAUCAUACUCCGGGCCAGACCCGCUUGCCCUUCUGAUUUCAGGCAUCACAAAUGUUGUGAGCUGGCCAGUGAAAUUCGCUCAGAGGCUCCUGAGACCGGGUCGUCGUCAGGGGGGCAGAGUUGGGCGCCGCCCAGCAAGAGAGAGCGGCAGAGGCUUGUGGAGAUGCUCGGCCUGCACUUAUGACAACUCGCCUUCGGCAAAUAUCUGUGAGAUGUGCAACAGUGAACGCGAGGAUCGUGUUUUUCCCCAGAGACAGCAUGUCCAGGAUGGGGGAAACAGUGACCUCUCGGUUGAUGAGAUCCGCCGUAGGAGGCUGCAAAGGUUUGACAGAUGAUGACAUAAUGUAGAUCGCCAUUACCAGUAUAAAUUCCAAAUAGCGCUAAAGAUACUUCUUCCUUGAAUAUAAACGGUCAUUUGCCCAGGAUUUCUAUGCUCAA